UCCAUCAGAGCAUCACUCAUUCUUGCAGAGCCAAUCAGACAAAGAUCACACACACUGACACACUUGUGUGUGUAUUUUUUGGCUCUGGUUUCUGUAACAGAGGGGGAAAGUGAAAAUGGAGAGCCUAAUCUUAUCUGCUACUCGCUUCAUUCCAGCACAAAAUAGAGAAAUGAGUGGGGUUGUAAGAAGUUUUCAGAGCUCAUUUUAUGGCAAAGAGAUAGGAAACAAGUUGUUUGUGAGCAAAGAUGUCGAUACACAGAGGAGAAGCCGUGCCACGAUCACCUCACUGUUCGGAAGGAAGGUAAAGAAAGCCACUGUAGUCCCAACUGUUGUUCCUGAUCCAGAUUACCGGAUACCAGUUGUUUUACUUGGUUUGGCUGGUGGCCUGGGUUAUACAGAUAAUCUGUUAGCAGCUGCUCCUGUUGGCCUUUUAGGAUUACUCUUAUUAUUCCAGACAACGAGGGUGAGAUUUGUAUUCGACAAUGAGGCUCUGGAGGUGAAAGUUGGAAAGGAGCUGGACGAGUCGGGUGAAAAUGUCUUUGUGGGUGGAAAAAACCGCUGGAAAUAUUCAACAUUUGUCAAUUGGGAGUUGUGGUGGCCAAACUUUCCAGUUUUGGUGUAUUUUAAGGAGACACAAACGAAACCUGAAGGACAAGUGCAUUUUUUCCCAGUGAUUUUUAAUGGGAAGCAACUCUAUGAUAUUAUGGUGGAACGAGCUGGUCCCUCGCAAACUAGUGGGCCGAAGUAGUCCUAGAGCUUGAUCUGACUGUCCACACAAUCUGGCAUCAUGCAAGUUUCGCAGGAUGAUGUCGUUUCUGUUGAUUGAAGACUACAUAAAGUACAUAUAUGAAUGGAAGUGACACGCCAUCAUCCUGUAGUUACCAGUAUUGCCAUUUACAAAUGCUUAUAUCAGGUGCAAAGAGGAUAGCUAAACUUGAGUAGUUAUAUCUGAUCAUACAGUUAAUUGGGAAAAUGUGUGUCAUCGAUGUAAUAGAGGAUAAUAUGUUGCAGGUUUGCAGCUGUAACUUUAAAUUUAAGUCGCUGAAUGUAAUAGUUUGUGAUUAUAUUUGAAUUAAGAUGCCAAAUAAGUUUUCCAUGA